AUGCGUUUCUUUUUUAUUUUUCUUUUAAUUUAUUUGUUCAAAUGUGAAGAAUUCUACGUUUACGAGUUGUCCAAACAAUCGACGGCAUUUCUUAUUGAUUUGUAAGUUAUUCAUUGGCAUUUAGGUUUGCAACAAUACGUGUUUUUUUAUCAAAUUUUUAAAAAUUGGUUUUUUUAAUAGCAGUUUACAAUUGUAAAUGUAUAUUUGACCAAACAGUAACACGAAGUUGUUCAGAGAGCAAGCCCAGGUGUUUCAGAGCCAGAUAUUGUUGUUAUUGGGGCUAGAAAGGCCGUCAAAUGAUGUCAGGUCGAAAGAUGAGAUUGUUUUAAAGUUUAUGGCGUCGCUCUACAGAGUAACAGACGAGAUACAGUAAGAAGCAAGUACUCUAUCUAGUUUUACAGUUUUUUAGAAAUGUAGACUUUAUGUUUGACUCGCGGAACAUUGAAGAAGAGAUAUUUGCAUCAGAUACUAUCAUCAGCUUUGUUCCUACUGGUAAGUUACAUACCUUAGGGCUUUUGUAUUGAGGAGUGACAAAAUUUUGAGUAGCGUGUUAAGGGAACGUUAUGAUACUUUUUGUAAUUUUACGUAACUAUGUGUUCUCAAAAAAAUUUUAGAAGUUGAUAUAAUAGUGAAGGAUGACCUGAAUGUGACAGAGCUAACAUUUGAAGUGAACAAGGACAAAAACCUGGAAAUAUUUGCUGGUAUAUAUUAUAUAGUAUUGGAAAAGGAAUUGAAAGACAUUGAGUUUGUGACCAUACAUUAUACUCAUAAAAGGUGAGCAGAUAUCUUAUUAUAUAACAUAGAAAUAUGUUUUGAUAAAAGCGACUUCUUGUUAGGAAUAACAUUUUGGAAAUGAAUAGAACAAAUACAGUAGACUUUAUGAUAGUUUGUUUAGAAAGCACUAUUGUUCUACUCGAAGGCUGAAGCAAGAUUCUGAUGAAAAUGUUAUGUUUGCUUCUUUUAAUGGCACUAAUCUGUUUACUGAAUGGUUUGGGGAACACGAAGUAGACAAGAGGAUAGUAUUGCAACUUCAUGGACGUAAGAUGUUGUACUUUUAUUAGACUGUUUAUUGUCAGAUACGAAAUAGAAAACGAGUAUUAAUAGUUAAAACUAUUAUAUGAUAUAGCACAGAAUUGACACCUAAUCUUAACCAUUGGCAUUCCAGACGACAUAAAGGAAGAUGAUUUGUCGAGCAUUCACUUCUUCGGAGUCGGAUUCUUCUUUACAGACGGCUUUGUGGCCAAACGUCAGAAGAGAAAUAUUGAUUUAGAGAAUCAGCCUGACUUUUCUCACAAACCAGAAUCUAGUUUUCUAUCAUUAACAUUACCUAUGGGCAACUCGCGCAGCAAAUGUCUUCUGAAGUCACUUUACGUUGACUUUAAAGAUCUCGGAUGGGAUGUAAGUUUUUUACAUUGUACUUUUAAAUGUUUAAUAGAAUGAAAGAUGAAAUUUGUUUGGUAGGAGUUUAUAAUUAAAAUAUUGUUUUAGAGCUGGGUGAUCGCUCCAUCAGGUUAUCAGGCAGAUUACUGUGAAGGAGAAUGUAGUUUUCCACUUGACGCUGAUGUGUUUCCAUCUAAUCAUGCUGUAGUUCAGAGUUUGCUGCACUUGAUAGACGAUAAAAGGCAAGUAUUUUUGUCUUGUAAACCUUUAUAUUUUCACUUUCAAAAGGAUAUUGUGUCCCAUUCCGAGAAAUUUAAAUAUUUUGGAAUGACUUUGGUAUUACAGUACCCAGCCAGCGGAAUGUGCAGCCACAGAGAUGAGGGAACAAAGUAUUUUAUUCAUGAACAACCAGAACAAUAUUGUGAUGAAGAAGUACCAGAACAUGAGAGUCAAUCGAUGUGGAUGCCGAUGA